AUGGAGAGCUUUUCUUAUUUUCGUAAGAUCAAAUCAAAGCCUUUUUGUAAAUUCUCAAGCAGCAGAUUAUGUUGCCCCUAUGUGUCUAGCAAGACUAUAAUCGAGUCAUCUUUCCAUAUCUUGCUCUUUCAAGUAAACCCAUUUUGGAUUGAAUUAUCCUAUUUUACAAUCAUUUCUCUUUUUGGGUUUCUGGCUUUGAAAGCUUCAAAGCCAAGAAAUACUGCUACUUCCUCGUUUAAACCGAGCAGUCUUGAUAUCUUCUUCACAUCAGUUUCCUCUACCACAGUUUCAAGCAUGUCAACAGUAGAAAUGGAGUUUUUCUCUGAUACCCAACUUGUUAUUAUGACUUUUUUGAUGUUUAUAGGUGGUGAGGUCUUUACUUCUUUGCUUCGACUUCAUUUCCAAAGAUAUAUCCAUAAAAAAGACCUAAUAGUUACCAAUACUAACCCUAAAGAAUUGGUUGUUUUUUCUGGUUCUGUUGGGGUAGAAGAGAAUGAGAAACCAAUAGAAAAGAAUGACCUAGAAAGUAAUAAUAAUAAUAGUAACCUAAACAACUCUUUAUGUAGUGAUGGUUUAAAGUAUGACUCUGUAAUUAAGAGUUUGAGUCAUGUGGUUCUUGGCUUUCUUGUAGUGGUUCACUUGUUGGGUAUUGCGCUAGUUGCUUUAUAUAUAAGCAUAGUUUCAAGUGCAAGAGAGGUAUUAAAAAAGAAAGGCAUUCACCUACAAACAUUUGCAUUUUUUACUGCAGUUUCAACUUUUGUAAAUGCUGGUUAUGUACCCACAAAUGAGAAUAUGAUUGUUUUCAAGAAAAAUUCUGGCCUUCUUCUUCUUCUAAUCCCUCAAACACUAUUAGGAAAUACAUUAUGUGCACCAAGCUUGAGAUUUGUGAUAUGGGUUUUGGAGAAGAUUACAAAAAAAGUGGAGUAUAGGUAUAUAUUGAGGAAUAAUACAGAAAUAGGUUAUAGCCAUUUGCUUUCUGGUGUACAUUGUUGGUGUUUGGUUGGUACGGUUCUGGGGUUUAUAGUAAUACAAUUUGUAUUGUUUUGCUCUAUGGAGUGGAACUCAAAAGUGAUGGAUGGCCUAAGUGCCUUCGAGAAGGUGAUUGGUGCUCUCUUCCUCGUGGUGAAUGCAAGACAUGCUGGAGAAUCCGCUUUUGAUAUCAGUCUUAUCUCUCCAGCAAUUUUGGUUCUCUUUGUGGUGAUGAUGUAUCUUCCACCAUAUUUUUCAUUUAUACCUACAAAGCUACAAACAGAAGUUCCAAAAGGUGGAAAAGAAAGCAGAAGCCAUGGAAAGACAGUAGUGGACUGCUUGUUGUUCUCACAACUGACAUAUCCUGUUAUCUUUAUCAUCCUUAUUUGCAUAGUGGAGAGAGAGAGAAUGAAGACAGACCCUCUUAACUUCAAUGUCUUGAAUAUCACCCUAGAAGUGAUAAGUGCAUAUGGAAAUGUUGGGUUCUCAACUGGGUAUAGCUGUGAAAGACAAAUGAAGGCAGAAAGUUCAUGCAAAGAUGCAUGGUAUGGAUUUGCAGGAAAAUGGAGCAAUUUGGCUAAGUUCAUUCUCAUUAUUGUCAUGUUCUUUGGAAGGCUAAAGAAAUACAGCACCGAUGUUGGUAAAGCUUGGAAGAUCACUUGA